AUGGAAUUUUAUUCCAUUGAAGAUAACAAAACUUCGAUUCUACGACAGGAAUAUCUACAACCAGAAGACUUCAUUCUCGCCGAAAUAACUCCAGUGGAGAAUGUCAGCCAGGAACGACUAAGUUCAAUUAUGAAUUCUGAGCUCUUUGAGGGUGACAUCUUGGGUAUCGAUAUGGCAACAAUAAUAUCACAAUGGAUUUUAAAAGACGAACCACUGGAUCCAUACGAUAACGUGUUUAAUCUCUCUUAUCAUAACGCAUUAAAUUUGGCACUAUAUAAGGCUAGGCUAUGGACAGAUGGAAGAGUACCAUAUGUAUUGGAAGAUGGAAUGACUGAAAGGGAAAGGGUAGUCAUUGCGCAAGCAUUCAGUGAUUACCACGAAAAAACCUGCAUAAAAUUUGUACCAAAAACUGAUAGUGAUAUCGAUUAUAUCUUUAUCAGAAGGAGUGUACCCUCCAGUUGUUCGUCAUUUGUUGGACGAGCUGGCGGCAAACAGAAUGUACUGUUAGCAGCUGGAAAAUGUUAUAUAAAGGGAGUCAUUGUGCAUGAGUUGAUGCAUGCGAUUGGGUUUCUUCACGAGCAUUCACGUACCGAACGCGAUGAAUAUAUAAAUAUCAUAAUGGAAAACAUUAUACCCGGGAAGCAAUCGAACUUUGACAAAUAUCCCGGAAAAGUUAUUAAUUCGUUGGGAAUGCCUUACGAUUAUAAUUCGGUGAUGCACUAUCCCGAAUAUGCAUUUUCCCGUAAUGGAAAACCAACUAUUGUACCUAAAGAUCGAAAGGCGGAAAUUGGACAACGAUACGGGCUGAGCGCUAUCGAUGUCAAAAAGAUAAACAAGCUUUAUAAAUGCGACAAAAGAUCAAUGGCACGAAUAACAUCAACUCCUACUACAAUGACCGAUGAAACCACUUUUGUCCCAAGUGGUAUAACAAUACAUCCAUUUUAUCCAUAUCUGAACUAA